CAAAAAUUAUUUGAAUUAAAAUUGCAAGGAAAUUUCUGCUUAAGAACCAGAAUAACUUUUCUUUUAAAAGAAAAAAAGUCAGGGUAUAUUUUAUCUCCAUAUACAUAACAGUAAUGAAAAAGGGAGAAUCGGACAACAUACGAAACAAACAGUCAUAAUCACUAUGCUGAAGGACAGAUACCAUAAAGAACCUUGUGUACCAACCUACAUAGAUCAAGUACAGAGUGAGAGAGGUGGAGCAGAUAUAUACAUUGAAUGUUGAGAUGAUCAGAGACAGCAGCACCAGCAUUCACUGUGGUAACUACAAAACUGAAUUUGAAGCAAUCAUUCAUGCAGCAUUCAUUCAUUCUUUUGACUGGUAUUGGUCAUUGGAGGGAGGACAUUGAUAGACAUAGCAGCUGACAAUGCCAGUCACUCAUGCCUGUCUUGAGCAAUGGUGAGAAGGUCCAUAUUGGAUGACCAAUCCACAUUUGUAAACUAGUUAUUCCUCUGGCCACAUUGGUGUUGACCACCUUAGAAGACCAGUUGAAGAUGCACGAUGCUUGAUCAGCAUGUCUCGGUCUAUCCAAUCCCCUGAUGCACCAAAGAGGCCACCUCCCCCUUUUGUGAAGUUUAGGAAGGAAAUUCAACAAAAAUAUCCAGAUUUCAGUUUUUCUAAAAUAAACCAGAUUGCAAGUCAGCGUUGGAAUGAGCUAGGCCCAGAGGGGAAAAAUGCAUACAAGUUACUUGCCGAAGAAGAAUAUCAGGACUACAAACAGAAGUUUUUGGUUUUUUUAGAUGGACUCAGUGAGGAAGAAAAAGCUCAGCUUCAUGAUGAACGUUUAAAAAUGGCACGCCAUGACAGAUUGAGAGACAAACAAGAGUUGUACGAUCUGGGAAAACCAAAAAGGCCACCAAACGGAUACAUGGCUUUUGUGAGAUCUUCUCUGCAUGAACGGGGUGAUGUACCUAUGAAACAAUUUAUGAAAGAACUUGCAGACUGCUGGCGCAAUAUUCCCAAAGAGGAGAAAGAGAUAUACGAGGAAGAUGCCAGGAUAGAAAGAGAAAAGUAUAAAAAGGAAUUAGAAGAAUGGGAGAAGAAAAUGAUAGAAAUUGGACGUGAAGAUGUUGUUCGCAAAUCAUCUUUUGUGAAAGCCAAAAGAACUUAAGUUUUUAAAGUAGCAAAGAUAUCCUCAUCAGACCAAAUGCAGGUUUAUGUCUGAUUCUUUUUGUGUAUACCUCUUUGACAAAGGAGUUUCUUCUGAAAUACGUGUUUUCCAGUGAAGGAAUUUGGGUUAUUUUACAAGAGCAUUGAAAUGUGUUUUGCCAAACAACAUAAAGCCAAAGAGGGAGGGGUUUUUAGUCUGUUAAUGAAGGAUUUCCUUUUACCUUUCUUUUUUAAACAGACAUCGGCUCUGCAAACAGUUGCUUUUUUUUUUUUUUUUUUUUUUUUGUAAUUAACUGAUCAGAGUAGCUUGUCUAAGUGAAAGGUGUCGACUGGUUGUUAUCAGAACUUACUGGGAGAGCAAUAGCUUUAUUUUUUUUCUCCAUGUUUCUUUGGUAAAAUGGCAGACAAAAUGAUUUAUUAAGCUGGCUAAUUUUAUGCUGCAUGAAACUUGAGUGAUUCGUUAGUGCAUGUGUGUGCGUGCAGGUACAUUUGUAUGCAUGUAUUCAAAAAAGAGAAUGUGAACUGGAUCUUUUUAUAUAAUGAUUGUAGUGUGUCACUGAAAGGUAGAAAUGUGUAUGAAAAAAAUUAAAGGACUUUUGAAAUUGACCUUAAUAUUGGCUGUUUUAUUGUACAGGUAUCAUAUGAGAACUUCUACCAGCAUGAUAUAAGUAGACGACCCAAGUCCUUACUGGGUUAGUUUUUAUUUAUGAUGAGUAGGAAGCCGAUUAGUUUGAGUGAAAGCUAGAGACUUACUCUUUAUAAAAGUCCUGACAGUUUUGUGAAGCUUACUGGAUUGUGUGCCUCAGACUUUCCUCUGGGUGUAGAUGAAUAAAAUUUGAAAGCAAA